GCGCACGCGCGUUUCCCGUUUCCCAGAGGAGGAAGUGUAUUUCUCCCCGAGGAGUUUGUUCGCUGCGAAGAUUGAUAGAAAUCAUGGAUGAACCUUCUAAACCUCUUACUGGCCUUGCCUGGGCAUCAGGACAAUCAACAUGCCCAAAAGGUCACAUUAUGAUCGUAGCAUCAUCGGAAGGGGCCUCCGCUAACUUUGUGAAGGGAUUUAACCAAAAAUCUGCUGUUUAUUUGUGCUACAGUACAGCCCCAGAGACCUUCGAUCAAGUGAUCACAGACGUUGUUCUGGUGAAUGAGAAGUCCCCGCUUCCGGUGGGAUAUGCUUACAUCAGCGAGUAUAUAGAUCCAAAAGUUACCGUGUCUAAAAAGAAGAGACUGUGUGUGAAGCUGCUCCCUCUGAACAGCGCUGAUACCGUUGUAUGUGAUGUAAAAUUAACCACGAAAAACAAACAGCUUGGCGCACCCUACACACGCAUUGGCGAGAUGAGUGGGCUAGCAUUGUGGUGUAAGAAAGUCAGCAGUGCUAUUCUCAGACCUGUUCCAAAACCUCGUAACAUCACCACUGGCAUCAGAGGACUUUCCCUCGACCAAAGCAGCCAAGCCCAGCCAUCAAAUUCUGAUGUCACACCAAACCUACCAUCCGCAGCAACUUUAUCAAAAACAAGUGGCCGGACUGCCCUAUCCGAAAACACUAUAUACGAGUCUUCAAAUAUCUAUGGCAUUUCUGCUAUAGAUGGGAUCCCUUUCACAAUUCAUCCAAUGUUUGAAAACCAAGUGAAGAACCCUGUGAUGAAUUCCUCAGGAUUCACAGAUUUCCGCAUCAAAACUCUGGCAGAUAUUGAGAAUGAGUACAAUUAUGGAUUCGUAGUUGAGCGAAGUGCCGCAGUACGUUAGGUGAAUUCAUGUCCUACUCACGGAUGGAUUCCUGCGGGAAAUUAAGUAGUUGAUCUCUGUAAAGACUUCUUUAUCUGGAUGAUUUCUUUAAACGAGGAACACUGAACUUUGCUUCGCCGACCGACCCAUUCACACAUUCUCCAUGUAGCCCAAACGUGACCUUCAGUUUAUACAGGUUAUAAUGCCAAAGGGACGCAGGAAGGGUGCUCAUUGGUGGUCUGAGUGGGUUCUUCUGCUUGUUGAAUGUAUUUGUUUUCCUAUGACACUAAACUGAAGUUUUAUGCAAAAUGAUGUUUUUCUUCAGUUGAAGGACCAAAAAACAUUAAAAGUAAUGCAUCAUAUUUUAUUAGCUAUUGUAAUAGCCCUGUGCCUUACAAGUCACGUUUCUUACCUAUUGCUAGCGAGAAUUACCUAUAAAUAUUAAUAAUUAAUGUGAGUUGUGCCAUAUACAAUUGUGUGAUUUAAAAUUCAAUUUUCGUCUUUUUUAUCUUUUUAAUUUAUUUGGAUCAGAGUCUCGGGCUGUACCUCCAUCCCCACAAAGAUUUUUUUCUUAAGCCUUUUAAAAGUUAAUGAAAUCUUAAUAAUGAAUAAAACAGAGAAUGUGUACAGCUUGUUUAUAAAGGGAAGGGCUUAACCUCAGCAUUCAGAGUCCUGGAAUCCGCAAUGAAUAUCUGCUGAAGGGGAUUUUUCAUUAAGUGUCUCAGAUCUUAUAAACUGUUCCCACCAGCCUCCUCUGCCUCCGUUUCCUCCACUGAGUGAUCUAUUAUGUUCAUCAAUAAAGGUUACUUUUUGAGAA